AUGACAGAGGGGAGAGAGCAUGGGAAACAGAAUGGUAGAGCAAGACACUGAUUCACCAAGAAUUUAAAAGGCAAAAAGAGAGACACAGAGAGAGAGACACAGAGAGAGACACAGAGAGAGACACAGAGGGAGAGUGAAACUGUGCGUAAAGCUGGAAUGAAGCUGUGACACAGGCAGCAGAGAAGACGAAGACUUGAUCACUGGCAAACAGGAGACGAUAGAUAGAAAAAGAGAGGAGGAGAGAAGACGCACACACACUCUCACACUUUCACCCUGACUGAGAGAGCAGCAGCUGAAGGAGGGAGCUACAGCACCAGCAUCUCACACACAGACAUUCACGCAACUCCACACAGUCUCUGAAUCAAGUAAACCUCUGCUGCUAACUUUGUCUCGGUGUCAGCAGCAUCUCACAGACAGACGGCAGGCACACAGGAGCAGACUUCUCCCCCCGUUACGUCUCUUCAACGAUGAUGAUCCCUUUGGUGGUCCUGCUCUCUUGGAUGACUGCAGCUGGGGCCAGUGCGGUGUUUACCCAGCAGCCCACAGACCUGGUGGUGGUGGCGGGUCAGCCAGUGACCCUGCCCUGCUCCAUCCCUGGGUACCACGGCAUGGUGCUCUGGCUCCGAGAUGGCAUGGCCCUGGGAGUCAACAGGGACCUCUCAGGCUACCCACGUUAUGACAUCGUGGGAGACCACAGCAAGGGUGAAUACCACCUCUUGAUUCAGAGAACUGAAAUGCAGGAUGACGCCUUCUUCGAGUGCCAAGCCAUCCAGGCAGCUAUCAGAACACGCCCCGCCCGACUAACUGUGCUCGUUCCCCCUGAAGACCCUGUGAUUAUGGGGGCUCCCGUGGUGAGUCUAAGAGCCGGUGACCCCCUCAACUUGACAUGCCACGCCGACAAUGCCAAGCCUGCUGCCUCCAUCAUCUGGAUCCGCAACGGGCAGGUCCUGAAUGGCGCCAUGUACUCUAAGACACUUUUACGGGAUGGGCGAAGGGAGAGCACAGUCAGCACACUCUACCUCUCUGCCUCCAACAUCGAGACAGGCCAACGGAUCACCUGUCGGGCUUCAAACAAGGCAGUGCCCAACGGUAAAGAUGCUGUCGUCACCAUCGAUAUCCAACACCUGCCUCUUGUCAACCUGUCUGUGGAGCCCCAGCCCAUACUGGAGGGCAACCUAGUCAAGUUUCACUGCUCUGCCAAGGCUAACCCACCCGUCAUCCAUUACAGAUGGGCCAAAGGGGGCAGCAUCAUCAGAGAGGUGUCAGGUGACACCUAUGAGGUCAUUGUGGACCACUCCUUCUUCACCGAGCCUGUCUCCUGUGAGGUCACCAAUGCCCUGGGCAGUACCAACAUCAGCAGGAACGUGGACGUCUACUUUGGGCCCAGAAUGGCUGCUGAGCCACAGUCCCUACAGGUGGACCAGGGAUCAGAUGCUAUCUUCAACUGUGCCUGGACAGGAAACCCCUCCCUCACCAUCGUGUGGAUGAAACGCGGCUCUGGAGUGGUGCUUAGCAAUGAGAACAUCCUGACGCUAAAGGCGGUGAGGCAGGAGGAUGCUGGGACGUACGUAUGCCGGGCGGUGGUCCCCCGAGUUGGAGCUGGAGAGAAGGAAGUGUCCCUCACUGUGAAUGGUCCUCCCACUAUCUCCAGCACCCAGACCCAGCAAGUCCUCUACGGGGAGAAGGGGCAGAUCAAGUGUUUCAUCCGCAGCACUCCUCCUCCCGACCGCAUUGCCUGGUCGUGGAAAGAGACAGUCUUGGAGUCGGGGACGUCUGGCCGAUACACAGUGGAGACAGUGAGCACUGAGGAGGGGGUCAUCUCCACCCUCACCAUGAGUAACAUCGUCCCUGCUGACUUCCAGACAAUCUAUAACUGCACCGCCUGGAACAGUUUUGGGUCCGACACAGAGAUAAUUCGACUGAAGGAACAAGAGUCCCUCCGAUUGGCUGUCAUCAUAGGAGUGGCUGUGGGGGCAUUCCUCGCCCUCAUUGUCCUCAUGGGCACAUUGGGUGCCUUCUGCUGUGCCCGCUUCCAGAGGAAAGACGUUCACCUCGUCAUGUCCUCCUUACCCGUAUCCAUCUCCUCUCGCCAGAGAGACCUGGCAAGCAAAAUUAAAACAGAGAACCUCAAAGGAGUGGGUUUGGCAAAAAACGACAUCCGGGUGGAGAUUGUUCACAAGGAUCACAACUCAGCGCGGGAAACAGAGGAGCACACAGCAAUCAAGCAGAUGAUGAUUGAGCGUGGGGACUUCCAGGCACAGGAGUCUGUGCUGAAGCAGCUGGAAGUCCUACAAGAGGAAGAGAAGGAGUUCCAGCACAUUAAGGAUCCAACAAAUGGCUACUACAGCGUCAAUACUUUCAAGGAGCACCAUGGCACCCCGACUAUGUCAAUGGCCCCCAGCCAGACCGGCGGCGCAGAAGUCCGGAACCCUUCGGCUUCCUCUUCAGCUACCAUGGGCAAGCAACGUGUGCCCACAGGCAUGUCCUUCACCAACAUCUACAGCACGCUGGGUGCCGGGCCCAACCGCCUGUACGACUACAGCCAGCGUUUCGUGCUAGGCAUGGGCAGUAGCUCCAUCGAGCUGUGUGAGCGUGAGUUCCAGCGGGGCUCGCUCAGCGACUCCAGCUCCUUCAUCGACACGCAGUGCGACAGCAGCGUGAGCAGCUACAGCAAACAGGACGGCUACGUGCAGUUUGACAAGGACAGCAAGGCCUCGGCCGCCUCCUCCUCCUCCCACUACUCGCAGUCGUCCUCGCAGAACUCAGACCUGACGCGGCCGCUGCAGAAACGCAUGCAGACCCAUGUGUAAUGGCAGAAGGAGUUACAGUAUGGAUGGAUCGGACAGGAUGGGUCGAGGAUAGCACCUUUGGACACUCUGAGGAACACUGCCUGACCGGUGUACAGUGCUAUAUUUUUGUUUGGUUUGUACUCUGGUCCUCUACUAAUAUGGACACUGUACGUACCAUACUUUUUACAUACACAAAGUACAUGUUCUUUUGAUUACAUGGGAUAGACUGUAUUCUCCUUGAAACAAGCUCAUCAACAAAAAAUCAUCAAAAGAACAUCAUAACCUUGAGAGCCACAAUUGGUCGAAAAAGAUGCCAAUCAAUGUCCACUUUCUCAAUGAACAUUGCUCUGCUGUUGACCCCUAUUCUGUUUCGACUAGUGGACUUCCUCAAAACGUGCAGAUGUAGGCAUUAUUCACACAUCUGGGUGGAAUAAUUCCAGUAUUGUAAAAAAGUUGCUGUUUAUCAUCUAAAAAGACAAACUGUUGGGACUAUGUUCAGCUGCCCAGUUGGAGUUUGCAGCACAAAGGGGUAUUGUUAAAAACUGCCAGAGGCAUUUCUUGUAUCCGCGGGAGAAAAAAACCUUAGAUGGAUAAUGAAACCUCUGAGGAAAGAUGGAGGGAGCGGCAGGCUGUGUAAUGAAAAGGAACACCUUGCCAACUGACUGAAGGACUGACCUGCAGGUCUAAUAUCUCUACACCUGGACUACUUUAAUACUCAAUGGAUUAUACAUUUUGGUUAUCUAAGUAUAUUCUAUAUUUUGCUCCUUUACUUUGGACUAACGGAGAUGUUUUGCCUUUUUGAUGUAUGCCUUGUGAAAGUUCACUACUGAGUCACAGGUCACAGAUAAAUGCAUGGAGAAGUGGAUGUGUCAUACUGUUGUACUACUUCACUUGAGCUAACGUAUCAAAUGCUUUGUUCACUCACAAACUGUUGGUUUCUUUCUUAUGGUCAAGGACAUCUGUACUUUCCCAUUCAAUGUGUGACACUUGCAGCUUGAUCGUGUGUGUGUGAGCAGAUAGCUGUGGAGCCAAAUACAGUGUUAUUGCUGCCGGAGAUGUUCUCAUUUUUGUGGCUUGCCAUACUUAGCUGAUAUUGUGUUGUUUACACUGGAGCUCUGUAAAUCCAGCAUUUUUGUGUACUGUGAUUUGACUACUGAAUGACAGGGAUAAAGAUAAAGUUACUUUUUUUCUGUC